AUGAAUAAUAAUCCAAUAAUUAAAAAUUAUAAAAAAUCGCUAUCUCAAUCAUUUGAUGAUUUACUUGUAAAUAAAGAUAUCGAUGAUUCAUUCACUUGUCCAAUUUGUUUAAAAUUAUUAAUUGAUGCUCGUCAAGGGUGUUCAGAAGGUCAUGUAUUUUGUAAUAAUUGUAUUACAUCUUGGUUAAAAAAUAAAAAUAAUUGUGCAGUUUGUAGACUUCACAUUUCACAAAAUUGUUUAUCAAAAAAUAGAUUUUUAGAAUCAAAUAUUAAAAAAAUUAAGGUUUUUUGCCCAAAUAAGAAUGAUUUAAAUGAUUUAAAUGAUGAUUCUGAUGGUUGUCCGGAAAUUCUUGAAAUUGGUAAUGUUGAAUCCCAUUCACUCAAAUGUAUUCACAGAUUUGUGCUUUGUCAAUAUGGUGGUGAUAAAUGUGGUCCUGUUAGAUUAAACAAACUAUUAUCUCAUGAAAUUGAAUGUCCCUUUGUUGAAAUCCAAUUUGAAAACUCUAAAAAAACAAAUUCCUUAAAAAAAAAAAAAAAUUUUAGAUUUCAAAUCCCAAAUAGCCCACAAUAA